CCCAACACAUUCGCAGGGUGUAGUUGUUUCAAAUUUAUAUUUUCACAGAUUAAUCGUGGCGAAAUUUUAUCAAUUUGUUUUAGAUUGAAUCGCUGGUGCUUCCGUUUUCUUUAUUUACGUUUACCGUGGGAUAGAGUCGCCGGAAAAUCGGCACGCGCGCGGUAAAAUUUAGUUGGAUUUGUUAAAAAAUUCCCGUGGAAAAUUUGCCUUUGACAUUUAUUGGGGGGAUUCUUACAGUGGGCCCAUAAUUUUGUGUGUGUGAAAACAGCAAGGUGUGUGUAUCGCUUAUUUGUAUGUGCACUCCAUAGGCGCUUAUAUACUUGCCUGCUACCGUUCAUACGGAAGCAACCCCCUGGUUAAUUUUUAGUAUGUUUCAUCGUUUUCCCGUUUUUCUGUUGUUUUCUCGCGUAACGAGAAAAAAUGGGGAGAAAAUUAAAAGUUACGCCAAGUUUAACUGAAGGAAGGAUACCGUCGCGGGGCUGAUUCUCUUUUUUCGACUAUCUAAACGGAAAUCACUAGGACUUCGUAGUAGUACCUUGGGAAAACAACAACAUGGUGCCUGUGCUGUUCUAGGGAGAUCUGGAACUUGCUUCCUUCAUGUUUGUUUCUCGCGAAAACUUCUGAAAUUCGGCCUUACUCAGUUGCUUGAUGAGUGGAAAUGUGUGUUUAGUGAUUUAGAAGAUUUUGUGCAAAGCCUUCUUAGCUAAAUAUUUUCCGAUAUAGAAAUAAGCGUUACUCCUUGCUAUUUGCCUAUAGUUAGUGUUGGUGCUCAAGUGUUUUGUAUAAAAAAGAUUCCAUUUGCUAGUAAUUCUAUGGUUUUCGUUAUCCGAAAAGUGCAAUCUCGGAUGCAGUAAGGGUUGACCUACUAUUGGAAGCCAUGUGCUCUUUGUGCUGCGCUCCAUAGCCUAUGUGGAAGUUUUAAGUUGGAAACAGAAAGGACAAAAUUGCUGUGAUGAGAAAUGGAACAUCAUCCUUUGGAACGACUGCAUCAUAAUCUUGGUCCAAAAAUUGUGAUCAUCGCCAAAAAAUACUCAAAUCCGACUUCUUGAAAUGACAUCACAAGCAGUUUACUGCUUGAGUCUUCAAAUUCGUCCGUCUUCCGAAGACAAUGCCGAUGCUAUCAGUAACAAUGACGGAACGGGACGUACUAGUUCGACUACAUCGGUGGGUACAACAACAACAUCAUCGUCUUCUUUGUCGCAAUCGUCGAAGGCAGACGGAAAUCACAAUUUAAACAAGGGAUUACGGUCCGAAGGAGGAUCGACUGGAAUUGAUGCAAGCACACAACAUCAUGGCUCGGGCAGUGGGGGUGGAAACUCCAGUGGCGGGAAUUUGGGAUCAACUGGAGCAUCCAAUGCUGCUGUCCAGCACCAACAGCAGCAGACCACAUCUUUCGCGAAGCUUGCAACCCAGCAGCAUCACAGUAAUAUCAUACUUGUGCGAGGGGCCAGGACCGAAAAUGGACAAAUUAUCUUGCAGAACAGCCAUGAACUCUUGAGCCUGUUGAAUGGUGGCGGUGGUGAUGAUGAUAACAAGCCAAUUAUUCUGCAACAUCAACGGAUAAAGACAACAACGACAAAGACGCAGACCCAAGGCCAUGACAAUCCGGGCGGUACAAUACUCUUGCAGGCGCCCAUCAACAGCGGGCAGCUUGAAACGGGCACGGUGCUGCUCCAGUCGGCGAAUGUGAAGAAGAACAUACUUCCUGAAGGAUCUAUAAUUUUGCAACAAAGGCUAAAUAAGAAUCGUAGUGUCGUGGAAAGUAAUACGAGCGGCUUGACACUCUCAACUGGUUCCACAAGUCAAACAGUGACUACAUCUGGAGGUCCUUUUCUUUUACAAACCCUUAAGCGUCUGGACAAAUCGCAAUCAAUUCUCGUUUUUCGUAAUGCAAACGCCAAUGCAACAGCUCACGCUACAGUCAUUGCUGGGUCUUCGUCGGCGUCAGCGUCAACAUCCACAGCAUCCUUGGGCACAACACUGUCCCUGGCAUCGGCAACAGGACUGACGAAAUCGACGAGCGCCACUAGGAUAACAAAGUCGACAUCAAAUAAUAGCCACAACAAUCAUAAUCCUGGCAGUAAUAGCCAUCAUUCGGCGAAUAACAAUGGUAGCUCAAGCGUUAGUGUCAGCAGUGGUGUAGGCCAGGAUGGAGAUGGGGACGACAAGGCUGAACAGACACAACAGCAAAGGCAGAUGAAUGUACCACUUGGGACCGACGGUGAACCCAUCAAACUUCCGGAAAACUUGGAAAGUUUGCCACGUGCUGACCAUUUUCCCACUCAACGGCACCGUUGGAAUACAAAUGAGGAAAUAGCGGCUAUUCUUAUCAGCUUCGACAAACAUUCCGAAUGGCAAUCAAAAGAAGUCAAAACGAGACCAAAAAGUGGCUCGUUGCUGUUAUAUUCACGGAAGAAAGUUCGAUAUCGGAGGGACGGAUACUGUUGGAAGAAACGAAAGGAUGGCAAAACUACGCGUGAAGAUCAUAUGAAAUUAAAAGUACAAGGGAACCAGUGCAUCUACGGCUGCUACGUACACUCAGCGAUCCUGCCAACAUUUCAUCGCAGGUGUUACUGGCUAUUACAGAAUCCCGACAUUGUCCUUGUACACUAUUUGAACGUUCCAUAUCCCGACGAUAACAAAAUGGCCGUUAUAACGCCCAGUCUGACCUUGUGGGGAGACAAGAAAGAGUGGACUAAGGAAGAGCUUGUCAGUCAAUUAAAACCCAUGUUUUUUAGUGAAGAUGAACCGGAUGCUGGUAAUGAGAUCGAAAUUUCGACUGCUGAAACAGUAGAAGCAAUAGUUGCGCAACUUAUGGAAAAACAACGGCUUGCUCGUCAAGCUGCACUUGUCAAACAAUUGGAGUGCGGUUGUCCGGAUUCAACCUGUGCUGAUGGGAAAUCGUGCUCUCAUCCAAUGCGUCGAAUAAACUCAGUAAAAUCGCUAGCAGAAAAACGGCAAGAAAGCAAUAAUCAAGUUUCAAGUACAACACCAAACGUAUUGAUAGGUCCUAGACUUUACUCUCGCUGGGUGGAUCGUCGAACACGUGAGUCCAUACCCGACCUAAAUCAGAAGACCAUGGACAACUCCAUUCACUUCCAAGUCAUUCCUACACUGCACAACCAUUCCUCCCUUGGCAAUCAUCAUCUUUCCCACCAUCAACAGCAGCAGCAACAGCAUCUAAUGGCCCGUCAGAACAAUGCCCAUCUAGUUCAUUCAUCACAAACAUCCCAGCUCCUUUCCGGCAACUCAAUUUCAACGACAAGUGCAACUAGUUCUAUGUCAUCGUCGUCGACUAAUCAACACUUCACCAAUGCGACUAAUGCCAGCAAUCAAAUAAAUCGCAUAACCAAUAAUAAUGUUAGUCAAAUGAUAAUAAAUACGAGCCACACGGGUAACAGUUUAACCGGAAGUGCGGGCUUAGGACUAGUAACGACCCUCGCUAGCAACCACCAAAACAAUGCCGGCUCUCAGAUGACUUCUCAUUCCAAUCAGCAAAUUAGUUUAGCAAUUUCGAGUGAUAAUAAUUUAAACAAUUUAACAAAUAAUGGUGGGACCACCCAUCAGCAACACCGCCCUCAUUCCCAGCCCCAGCACCACCACCACUCAACAAGCCAUUCAUCGGCAGGCUCGUCCUCGUCUGGUGGCUCCGGAAACAAUUCACACCAUCAUCCUCGACAGGAGGAGACCCACCAUCAGCCAUCGAUAAUUGAUAGUAAUGUUGUCAAUCAAAGGGUGUCAUCGAAUCUAAUUAGUAAUGCUUCGAGUGGCGGUCGACUGACUUUGAGCGGGUGCAAUACUUCGGAUGGUGGCAACUCCUCGAACUCCACGGCUCCACCGCUCGUCCUUAAUCUGUCCCAGAUUCAAAAUUCUGGUGGCAGCCUCCUAAUACUAAAUGGACAGCAACAAUCAUUCGUCUGCCAAACCAAUCAGCAAGUGCAAGAUCGAAAAUACACCAUAAAAGAUGACCGCCCGGCACAGCCGAUGACACCAAAUCUAGUUCCUAAGCUUGAAGCCAUGGAUUCCACUUCAUCCUCAGCUUCUGAGAAACAAAUCAGUGAUUCUGUCUACGAUACAAUCAGUUUUAGUUCAAUGAACCAAACUACGCCCAGCACAGAUAGUCCUAGCAAAGAUAGCAACAGUCUUACAAAAGAGCUGAACGAUUCUUUGCCCUUCUUCAAUGAGACUUUGGACCUAUCACAGGAGGAUAUCCAGAAAACGUUGAGUGCGAAUAUGCCGCUUUCUGCUAAUAAUGGGUCGAAUGCAAACGACGAUGGAAUCGAUUCCGACAUAAAUCCCAUGGAUUUUAUUGAUAAUGUCUGUGAUGUGGGGGUGAACAGCGACCCCGGUGUCGGUUCUCAAGGACAUGACCCCGAUGACGUGUUUGUUAAUUUGGAUGCCUUCGAUAUGUUAGUGGAAUUUCCAGACUUGGAGCUGGAGACAAAGAAUGCGUUUUCACAAAAUACAUUGGAUCAAUUACAAAAUCAGUCGGAAGCAAACAUGAACAGGAAUAACGUGAAUCAAACUACAUUUAAUAUAACAGAUUAUAGUCCUGAGUGGGCUUACCCGGAAGGAGGAGUGAAGGUUCUCGUAACAGGACCAUGGAACACUACUUCUUCCUACACAGUAUUGUUCGAUUCCUUUCCCGUCCCGACUACUAUAGUACAGACAGGAGUUUUAAGGUGCUAUUGUCCAGCGCAUGAAGUGGGAUUUGCUUCAUUGCAAGUUGCCUGUGAUGGAUACGUUAUUUCAAAUUCUGUAGUUUUCGAGUACAAAUCGCCCCCCAAUAUAGAAACAACUUGUGAGGGUACUGCGAAUGACAGCCUUUAUAAGUUCACUUUGUUGAAUAGACUCUCGUCAAUCGAUGAUCGCAUGCAAAUCAAGUCAGAGCCAAAAGAUUCUGUUGAAGAUGUAACCCUUCUGGCGCAGGCAAAUUUCGAAGAGAGGCUGGUCAAUUACUGUCAAGCUUUAUCAAACAAGAUGUGGCGAUCAUUGACGCCAGGAUCGUGGCCAGCUGGAUACCGAGGCAUGACCUUGCUGCAUUUAGCUGCUGCGUUGGGGUACUCCAAGUUGGUUUGUACUAUGCUCGCUUGGAGGGCAGAAAAUCCGAACGUGGUUCUAGAAACAGAAAUUGAUGCCCUUAGUCAAGACCUUCAAGGGUUCACACCGCUGGCAUGGGCAUGCUCUCGUGGACACUAUGAUACGGCCUCCAUUUUGUAUAAGUGGAAUUAUAACUCGAUAAAUAUUAAAAAUAGUUUGCUUCAGACACCCGUUGAGAUUGCCAGAGCAAAUGGCCACUUGAAUAUUGUUAGUGAAUUAGAACGCCACGAACGCGAGCGUAUAAAUGGGCAGCAGCAAAACCGUUCUUCUGGAACUCUAAGCACCUUUACCACUACAACAACUACAAAUACCAAUAACCUUAACAAUAGCAAUAAUAACCUUAAUUCAUCUUAUGCUUAUGAUGUUUUAUCUUCCAAUAAUAUUAAAGACGAUAAUAGUAGUAAUAAUAGUACAGAUAAUAAAAAUCGGUUAACUGGUAGUCAAACCAUGGCUUCCCAUUCCAACAAUUCAGAGGAGCAGCAGAAGCAAGAAUCGCUCGCAGAUUGUAAAAUCAAAAACUAUGGGAAAUCAGAUCAGUAUUCAUCGAGCUCUCCAGUCAGGAAGGUCUCCUCAAUUCAAGCGUAUAGCAGCAAUGAUAGUGGUGAUAAUGUAAAUAGCAAGUUUGAAAAUAAGGACAACGAACCGAACAAUAAUAGCACUAACAACAUUGCGAACAACGAAAGUCUUCUAUCCCAGUGUUCAUCGCCGAAUUCCAAUGGAUCCAUGAACUCUUUAGGUAGCUCAAGAAGCCACGACGGUGUGUUCUUAAGGCCUGGUGCCGUGUCGAGUGGGCAAAGUCCCCCAAGCAUGAGACUUUCCAAACGACCCUCUGUCGACAGUGGUAUCAACAUGGACAUGCGCUGCACAUUUACACGUUCUGGUAAAAUAUUCAGAGAACAGCAUAUUAAACAUCAAAGUUUUGAUUCCAAUAGUGACUUCACCAAUUCACUUGACUCAACAAAUAUGGAUGGUGGAAGUAACAGCAGCGCAGCCGGGUCACUACUAUCCCCAUUACGUAAAAUGGAUUUUGCACUGUGCGAAGUUUCGGCGAGUGAGUCAAGUCCGGGGCAGGAUAAGCCAUCUGGUCCACCAUCAGAUGAUGAAGAGAAUAUGGAGUCGAACAAUUUAACAGAUAACAGUGUCGUAGGGGAGUCUGAUGCAAAGGUACUAACACUUGCUGAGCAUAUAAUCGCGGCUAUGCCAGAAAGAAUUAAGAACGAAUCCGAAGAGAUGAUGUCCUUGGGAAGUCCUGUAUCAGAAUCCUUGAAUACGGAGAAUGCUGGAAUGGGUGGUCUGAGUGAUACGUUUAUGGAACCUCUUUUGGAUUCUCUGGCCAAUACACAAUUCGAUCAUGAAUUUAACUUUGAAUUUAGCGAUCACAAUUAUCGCUACCAUGAUGUAGGAACCCCAAGUUCUAGUCUUAGCCCUGCUAGCUCUGGACCUCUCCAAUCUCCAGCUAGUUACUCAAUACCACCGGAUCCGCCCAUGAAUUCACCGAGUCCUCCACCGUCGACACAAGAACUCACGGAGUUUUUGCAGGCGUCCAACCCAUUGCAGCGCCCAUUUGAAGCUGAUUUUUCUAAUCUUACUUUAACUGAUCGCGAACAACGGGAGUUAUACGAGGCAGCCAAAUGUAUUCAAAAGGCAUACCGCUCAUAUAAAGGUCGUAAGAAGCUCGAGGAGCAGGAUAAGGAGCGGUCAGCCGCCAUUGUCAUUCAGAAUUACUAUCGUCGCUAUAAACAGUUUGCCUAUUAUAAACAAAUGACGCAUGCUGCAGUUGUGAUCCAGCACGGCUACCGAUCGUAUUGUGAAAAUAAACGAUUUAAGAAAUCACAAAACCAGCCCAUGGCCUCUGAUAAUCAGGACUCACAAUGCCUGCAAGACUACUACAAAAAUUAUCAGGAUGAACAGCAACAAACGCAACAUAAUACUGGAAGUUCAUCGAAAGAACCUAGUCCUUCGGGGCCAUUGAAGCGAACUUACUCACAGCGAACUCAAAAUCAAGCAGCUCGUAAGAUUCAGCAGUUUAUGAGACAAUCUAAAAUGAAUAUUUGGGAUGGUAAUUUGGGUCUACUGACUACAGAGAGAACGAGCAGAAAAAGAGAGGCUGGUGCACCAACGCAGGGUGGAAUACCUUCAAAGCUCGCAGUGUCCCGAACAACAAGAAGCGGCCCGCACUCAAGAACAAAGUGAACAUCAUUCCGAAGGAAAUUAAAUGCUUUAACUUUCUACGAAAAAGUAAAUUACAGCUUUACAGUUAAAAAUAUAUAUUUAAAAAAUAAAACACCACUUUAAUGCCAUUGAUAUAUGCCCUUUUCGCAUUGAAAGGAUCUACAAAUAUGCUUUUUUCGUUUACAAUGAACAUAAACGUUUUUAAAAUACCAUAUUGUAGUGUUAGAUAGGUUAGUUAUCUUGUUACUUAAUUUUACAAAUUCUUAAAAAAUUUAUUAUGAAUAUAUCCUUUUGCUACGAUAAUAUAAGAAAAUAUGAAAAAGUAUUGAUAUCUCUUCAAAUUAGAUUAUAUAUAUGUCACAAAAUAUCUUGCUGAAGCAUUCAAAGAGAGAAGAAUUAAAAUAGAAAUUAGAUAACUAAAUUGAACAAAAAUCCAAACUUAGCUAAAUAAUUAAAGUUAUCAAUGAAUAUUAUCUUUACUAUUUAUGUUUCAAUUUCGUUGAACCUGUUCUAUACUUGAGUUACUGAGGUCAUUGCUACAUAGUACGUAAAAAUAUCUUACAUGCAGAUACCACGCGUUUGUACUUGAGUAUAUUAUCAACUUCUUUUCAAAGUUUCAAGCAAACAUGUUAUGAUAAAUAAAACAAAAUAGGAGAAAAUUAAAUACAUUUCUGUAUAUACGAAUAGAAGCUUAUAGUUACAAUAAUGAAUAUUUUAUUACAAUACUACAUAAAUACAAAAAAAAGAUUUAAAUCAAUUAGAACUUACUAAAUUUCACUUAAGCAUGUUCAAAAUCGCAAUUUGUUCCAGUUUUACUUUCGAGAAGGAAUGGCACUCCCUGUGUAGGUGUCCAAUUUAUAUAGAAUAUGAAAAUAAUUCAGAAAAAACUAUAACUCAGACGUUGUAAUCCAAUUCAAAACCGAAAGGUGUUAUUUUUAAAUGAAUAUUUUUUUAGCUUUUUGCAUAGGGUACUUACUACGAAAUAAGCAAUAGUAAUAUAAGGAAUUUAAAUGUUAUUGAACGGAAUAUGAUCUUUGAAACCUCUUCUUACUAAAAUCAUUACAUGAACACACAUCUGACUUUACGCUUAUUCUUUGAAAUUUUUAACAUUUACCUUUUGUUUCUCAGUAAGUUUAUGAACACUGUUAAUUUCGACCCGGUUAUUUCCCUCUUCACUGCCCUCGAAACCAAGUGCUUAAUAUGGAUUAUUCAUUGUGUAUUAUAAUUUUUAACCACAAUAACCUAAUGUUUUGGUCGCAAAUUAAUAUAAGAAGUAAUAACUUUACUUUUAAUAAAUUAAUAAGUUGGGAUAGUUUUCUUUUCGGGAGAAGCGUUAAUAAAAGAGUCGUUUCGUUUAUCGUUUUAUUAUAUUUUUGUAAAUAUUCCCUAAUCCAUAAUUAAACAUGUAUCCGGUAUUUCGAAUCAUGGAAGAUUUAGAAUCAAGAUCUGCUACAAACAAAUGGAAAGACUAGUUCUUGAGGAGCCAGAUUUUGGACUAUUCUGUAACCCUAGUUCCGUGGACCAAUUUCAAUUCAUAGUAUCUUAUUUCAAAAGCUUCACUGAUUCCCUUGAUACCUAUGACGAGCAUUCUCUCAAUUAGCAUGACUGAAAAAACGGGAUAUUUCCUUGAAUUAGUAAUGUCAUUGUAUCCAAAACCAACAACAAUCGCAAAUAACCUUGCUCAUGUUAUAACGCGCAUGCGUGAACAGCGUACCAUACAGCUUAUGCGCAAGGCUUUAGAUAUUGAUUAAAUGCUAAACUGUUGGUGAUAAACGAAAGACGAAUCAUCUAACCGGUUAGAAUACAAACCAACAAAAGCUAUUGCAGUAAUUAUCCUACUCAAAGUGCUUGAAAAAUCCCAUAUUUAUUAGUCACAAUGGAGUGGCGAAAAGACAUUUACAAUUUUGGAUUUAAUAAACCCCUUUCUGAAGCCGUUCCAAUAUUGUUCAUCAAUCAAAUAAGAGUUUCAUUCUGGGAAAUGAAGUUGUUUCUUUCAAAUAGCCUUAUCCAUACUUCCAAUUGUAGAGAAACCUUUCCUAUCUCAAUAGCUUCAAAAUAUAUUUGUGAUCUAUAGUGCAGUUCGUAAUCCUUUGAUCAUCAAAAGAUAUGAGUAGAUACAAAUAUUUUGCUUUGUAAAAACUAAGAUAGAAAAUUUACUAUCAAUUAUAAGUUGUCGCCCUGCUGACUUCCUGACCGGGGCAAAUUUGGUUCGAAUUUGCUAGCGAUACGUUUAUUGAAGAGAGCCUCUUAAUUUUACUGCAUUUACGUCCUAUGGGGGAUGCACCCUUAAUGAUUCAUCAGCCUUCAUUUAUUUAACAAGUUUGGUUUUUGUUGCUGAAGGUGUCGAAGGAAUAACUAAUACUCUGGAAAUACUCUGGAAAUCGCCUGCUCCCAGAAACUGCUCCACGUAUCAUCAGCAAGCUCUUUUUAUGCGGUGUGAUUCGAGUAAGGACGAUAUAUUCAGAUAAUUUGUUUGCGAGUUUUCAUUUUAAUUACUUUUUUCCGGCUAUGAAGCAAAACGCCUUCUUUAGGUGAAUAUUUACUUUCAACCAAAAAUCGUUGUUUCCUGAGUUGGGAUAAUAUAAAGUGAGAUGGGGGGAUUCGUGUAGUAAAACCUGAUAAGCGAUGAAUAAAUUAACUUUUUGCUAUCUAAUCGAAGAGAUAAUAGAAGCACUAUUAUGAUUGGUAAUCCUUCUACUUCUGAUUUUAUAUCUGAAGGUUACUUUUUUACCUGACUGAUUGAUACUAAACUGGCGUAUAAUAGCAAGUUGGAUAUUUUCUGUUGUAUCAUCGGGCAGGACCUUGAAAUAGUCCAUUCAGACUAUUCUCAUAUCUACAUUAAAUAUCAGACUGAAUAUAUCUGCUGUAGGAUCAUUAAGUGUAACCUGUUGAUUUUAUUUUUUUAAUCAUUGCCAAACAAUUAUACGUUAUGAAAGAAGAUGGUUGUUCGAUUGCUUUUUCUUUGUAGCAGCAUAGUUCGCAUAGCACCUUGACUUGUUGCAAUCGAUGAAUUCAAUAAUCCAUUUCAAAUCACUGCGUCUUCCAGCUCCACGGAAUAGUAGCAGUAGUUAGCAAACCAAUAAUGGUAGAGGCCCCCAAAUAAUCAUAUAUGCAACUGGUUUAUCUGAUACACAAUCAGUCUUCAGCACAUCUUUCUCUGAGUUUUCACGUGAAAAUCUUCUUUCAAAAGCUUUUACAUGUUUGAGCUACGGCGCAAGUUUUAUCUCUAUUGUAUAGUUUUUUUGUUUUCCGGUCAAUGCACCUGGAUUCUAAUAUUGCUUGAGUUGUGAAGAAAGCUUUCUUCACGGGCAAAAUUUCCACACAAUCCACACGCUGUCUUUGUCUGCUAUUGAAGUAAAUAAAAUUGUCAAUAUUUUCAACACAAUGUUCUCUGAUCCUUUAUAUUGUAUUUAGAUGGGAAUAUUUGUUUAUCUACCGUGCAAAGUCUAAUCCUUUCACAAGUGCUGCCAAUAUUGAUGAAAGUUUUGUUGUCCAGGCAAGCCACUCCUUGUGUAGCUUUGAAGGCCAACGUCCUCUUUCAUCGAUGUGUAUUUUUUAAAGGAUCUUUCUUUCUUACAAAUUAAAUAAUGUAUGAAUCAGUCUAUUUGCUUGCUUCAAUUUAAGCUUUCGCGCAAAAGGAUUCUUCACUCGAUUUCAUAUUUCGCACUAAAGGUUUUUCAACUUAUUUCAUGGGAAUGCUUGUUGUCGUGAAAUGUAUUUCAUUACUUGGCUACUUCAUUAGUUGUCACUCUGGGGUUAAAUAUUCUUUAAAUCUCCACCUUGAUCCAAUUGGAUGUUUGCGCUGACCAUGAUUAUUAUAAACUUCCAACAAGGUUCCUUGGGAGGGUUUUUCUUUGAAACAUAGUGCCUUUAAUGCGCAGCUCUCAUUAUUUUCAUCAGCUUACCACGCCAACGAAUACAACUUAUGAAGACAGAUUUAGACUCCAAAGAAGGGGUAAUAAUCCGUUUUAGUAAUCAAAGCUGAUAGCAUACUUAUUAUUGGUUAUAUCAAUGACAUUUAUAACUAAUAAAGGAUGUCAUUGUCGAUUGUUUUGGUGUAUUAAUGUUUCGUUAAUAAAGUGUAAAAGCGAUUAGUGGGCACUUGGCCGAGGUGAACUUGACUCAAAUUAAGGUUUUUUUUAUUUCCCAUAUAUGUUUUGUAUCACAUUUAACUUUAAUGCAUUCCAAUUGCAUUACACCCUUUAAACUUGCCAGGCGGCAUAAUGUUUUUAUCAAACAUAUCACAAACACACCUUUACUUCCAUGACAGUAAAACAUUUCGGCUUGUGAUUUAAUUUAUCAUUUGUAGUUUAAAAACAAAAGUACUUCACUCUUUACAAACUCACAGAAAUUUCUCUAAAAGAAUUGGUUUAAACUGUAGUCUCGGGAAUACUCCAGACUGGAUUUGGAACUCUUUGAUUCGUUCUUAUAAAGUGCACUUUCUAUUAUAUCACUAACUGUAAAUUAAAAAAAUGCUGUUUGCAUUGAAAAGCAGUUUCGGCUAUACACUUUCUAAAACUUUAAGAUAACCUUUUGUAUAUUACUUGAGAAAUAAAUAAUGCAACAAGUUCUCCUAAAAGGUAGGUCCACGUGAUGCUGGCACCUGCAAAGCAGCCAAAAGUAGUUAUGAUCAAAAACAUAAAAAUGGUACACUUCAAUGGUUGUUUCAUAAAAUCAAAUAUUUUAUUAAAUAUUCUGGGUAGGAUAAAAAACUCAUAAAUAUUUAUUACAUUAAAACAAAGCUUUAUAUUAUUAUGUAGGAUAUAAGAGAAAAUCUGAACUAGGUGAUUUUUCCAAGAUAUAGAAAACUUUUUCGGAAAAUUUUAAAUACAAGUUUCUUACUACCAUUUUUCGCUUUGGUUAACUUUUCUUAUCAAAUAGAAACUGUUAGGUAGGCGGAUCAUUUUAAAUGAAGAUAGUGUGAAAUUACAUUUUGGUAUCCGCACCGAAAUGCUUUAAAGUAGAAUUGAGAAAGAAUGACACGUUUUACGGUCUACACGGAAACCAUUCGGCGGCAAAUAUUUCUUUGACACAAAAAAUUUAUCUAUUUGAAUUGAAAUUCAGGUGACAGGUAGAUCAAUUUUACAAAGACAUUUUUAUGGAAACAUAUUCGGCUCAAUUAACACUUUUGGCGGAUACAUAUGUAUUCAUUAGCCGUUACUGUUCAGUUAUUACAACAACAGUGAUGACUCUAUAAAUAAACUGUUUUGCCAUUAAAAACGACAGAACAACAACAAAUAUCACACCUAAUGCUCAAACUAGUCUUUCCGUCCCGCAGAAUCCUAGCCUGUUAGAGAAGAAGACUUCAAUUUCCUAUUAAAUUGUUCGAAGGGUUGAUCUGAAUGGCAAGUUUCAAACUUUUCGAACAGAUGUUGUUUUUACUUGAAUAGAAUACUCAAGUAAGUUUCGGAAGACUAGACGACACAUUUUGAGUUUAAAAUAUAGUUUUCUGAGGAAUAAUGUCUCCGAAUACUCCGAAUACUCUUUGAAGCAAGCAAGCUUAACCUCAUUUUAUCGUGAUUUCCCCUACAUUAAAACUCGGCAGAAUUGGUAUUUACAGAAAGAGGCCCUCCAGGUUUUGUAAACAAUUGUUCAUUGAUCCUACAUGGAUCUCCUCCACCCAGCAAACAUCUCGAAUCAAUCUGAGUGCCCUAUAACCUGCAUUUAAUCUGGCUAAAAUUUUCCAAAAGAGAUUUCUGCUCUCAUCUUCCACUUUAAUUGUAUCCUCUUCCUGCGCUAUGUGAUUUUGACGGUUACGGUUUUCUUCUUCGCCAAGGUCAAUUCAGCCAUUUUCAGUAAGGACUUCACAAUUCCUGUCUCAGUAUAUUCAGCUUUGUUUUUAAUUGCAAUGAGCUUAGGCAUUUAUAUGAAAGUGUCAGCGAAUGUUUUUUUUCUGGUUAAGGUAGGUGAAUGCAUUUUCGUAUAGAGUGUUGAACUCCCGCAAUGGUAUGCAGUCGGAAUACUAGCUAAAUUCCUCCUUGUCAAUAGAGAACUAGCAUGGAACCAUUUGGCACAUACUAUUUACUAGCCUCCCUGCUCUCCCGGCUAAAAAAGCCUUUCAGACAGGAAGGGAGAAGAGGAAGGGAACUCUUAGUUGCCUACCGGCCAGGCUCUAUGUUCCAGCCAUCAUAUACCUAUAUGAAUCUCUUGUAAUCUCAGACCGGUCCGCUUUAUUGUCGUUACAUAUAUAGAAUAUUUAUUUACAGGAAAUAGGAAACUUUAACCUACUGUAGCGUUGUCAUUAAUAGAAGGAUCUUCUUUAAAAGCCUCAGAAUUAUGCGGCAUUAUUAUCGUUUAUACUAAUGCCAAAUUUCGUUUACCUAAGAUAAAUUUAAAGGGCGGUGGAGGCGAGGUUAUAAAUUUCUAAAAUAUAGUAAUACUUAACUUGAGCAGAAAUCGGAAUGGUGAUAAGAUAAAAGUGCAUCUUUGAGAUUUUUUAGAUUUUUCGGUUGAAUAAGUUCUGAGAAUGAGAACUGUGAUACUUUUGAGAGGUACAUUUUGGGUUUUAACACUUUUAUCGGUCCAUCUGUUUGGAAUUAAGCAAGCAGGGUUUCCGCUGUCAACCGAUUUGAGGAUCGGAGUUAGAACCAUCUAAUUAAACAUUAAAAGUGGAGCAUAAAAUUAUAACAUUUUCGCGCUGAGUUUUGUAGUUUCUUAAUUUUUUUUUGAAUUUUUACUCACCAAUUUAGAUGUACGAUUUGUUUCAAUAGUGUGGAAGCAAGUUGCUUCCCUAUUUGUUCCGGUCCGACAUCUAAUGGAUGUGAUACUUUGUUCUUCAUAUUUAUCUUUCUUCUCAAAUUAUUUUUGUUGCUUUAUUUAAAGGUUGCAUGAUGUUCCACAAUAGUGGUGUGAGCACAGAACCGUGGAACAUCCGCAGGGAUAACAUACUCUCUCGUUCCAUUGCCAGUGACGUACCAAAUGCUUCCUUCCUGUUAGAUAGCUAUCAACCAGAGCGACUAAGUAACUGGUCUCCUUAUUAGAUUGCAUUUGGUCGAACUACAUAUAUUUUGUUCAACACUGCACAAUAUUUACUAGCACUACCCUUGCCAUGCAUUUCGUUUUGUGUGCCUGUUUGUCGGUCAUACGCACGUUCCUUAAAAUCGAUUAUACCAAAUAACAUGAAAUUUGAUAGGAAGAUUGGAGUUGUGACCGCCUAUGAAUGCAGUGGGUAGAAUCUUUCUAUGUAUAUGGAGUUAGUAGGCAAAUUAAAUUAGUUGUGAAAAGGGAGGGCUACGGGCGCUACGAUGACAACUUAUUUCACGGAGCCAUUCUUAGAAUCUAUCAAAUCCAAAAAUCAAUUGCGCACUCAAAUAUUCAGUUCUGCGCCCAAAUAUGUAGAAUAAUAAAAUAUGGCUGCUUCCUAAUUUGUUUAGACAAGCUUAGUAGUUAGACAACAAAUUGCAAAUUACAGUGCCAACUUAAUAUUUCUGGAGCGUUUAUGUAGAAAUUAUACUCCAUAUUGGAGUGAACAGCAGGCUGGCUAAAAGCUAAAUAUUCAAAGUAUAAAGUAUACUGUAGAAUGGAAAAAAGCUAUAUAGUGAAUGAAACAUUCGCAAACAUUCGGUGCCAGGCGCUAACUUUUAAAGCCAUACUUCUUUAUAGGUUCAAUAACCAGCUAAAAAUAGAAAAAGUAGGAUUGCGUAAUAUAAUUACGUAUUCUUCAACCACUUCAUUUGUAAAACUAAAAAGGUACCUGUGAGUAUUUCAACACCAGAGCUCGCUUGGACGGGGCUCCCUGCAAUAUAAUUUGUUUUGUUUUUUUUUCAAUUACGCGCGUGUUUGUUAAGAGGGUAGAAUCUUCUUUUUCUUUGGACUCGUGCACGGCUCGCCGUGAUCCGUUACGCCAUUUUAUUUGAUCAAAGCCUGAUCUCGAUGCAGUUGUGAGACCUUGAAAUCACUAUCCAGUGUAUCAAGUCACCAUUGUUUUGGCCGGCCUUUUGUUCGCUUACCAUCGAGCGUAGAAUAACAACGGCAUAAUCCCAUUGCCAUGAGUUCGAAUCCCGGUCGUCAUGGAUGUUUGAAUUUGUCUUUAGGCUUGUCUUGCUGCGUGUGAACUUAUCGCUUAUACCGCAUUAGGUGUGAUAAUAAAGAACCUCAAGGACACUCGGAAAACCGCUGAAUGCUUUAGGUAUGAAACAUUUUGUAUUUUUUUGUGGGUAGCUUUCGGUGCAAGACGUUUCUAUUUCUAGAUAUUUGUAAAUCCAGUUGCGGCCUUAUGUAAAUUCAAUUAUCGAAAAUCGGAAACUCGGCGCUUCAGAUAUAUUUUGAGUGUUUAAUAUCCGAAACUAUUUCGUGUGUAAAAAAAUGGAAGGUCAUAAUUCAUAUGAAUCUACUAUGUCAGACUAUUCACUUUAAUGUGAUGCUGACAUUCUAUGCUACUACCUAUUUAUGGGGACUUCCCAGAAAAAUUGGAAAAUGCACUAUGAUUAAUUUUAUUUGAGCAGAUAUCAGUAUGAGAUGUGCAGGUCUAAGGCCUAGAUUUCAGAUGUUUCAGUUGGGUGGUUUUCAUAAAUGAGUAUUGUUUAAUUUUAAGUUGGUACAAUUUUACCUGUCGCUUCCUCACAUUACAAUAUCAAAUCUGAGGCUGUUUCAUAUAGUACUCACGUAGACCUUUCGUCUGAUAAUCACUCGCGGCGCAACAACCAGUAUUCGGUCUAGACUGGAAUGAACUCGCGAUAACUCGGUAUUGUACCAAGGUCACCAAUUCGAUAUCUCUAAAAACUGCCUAGGGUUCCUGGCCUAUGCCAUCGCUUCAUCUGGGACAGGGUCUUCCACGACUUCCUUUUCUUCCAUGAAUAUUGCCCUUAUAAAUUUUCCUGGCUGGAUCAACCUCCCUCCCUUCCUCCCCCGCUCCACUGCAACCUAUUGAGUCGAAUUUAAUUCACAACCAGACUGUCAUGCUAUUGCUCAUAGAUUUCUCCGUUAUAUAGGCUACGGAAUCGUACAUCCUCUUGGUGGGGACAACCAUUUUUCGGACGAUUCUCCUGGCAGGGAGGCUGUCUUGUACAGCAAGAACUUUCCCCCUAUGGUGAGACGUUUUGUAAUUUGAAAUAUGCUCGGUUGGCUGCCAACGGGAUUCAUCGUCGGAGGUGUUAUCGGUUGUGGGUUUCAACCGUUUCAAAGUUGUGUUCUCCUAUCUUUAUCGUUCUCAGAUAUAUAGUGCUAUUUUUGCUGUUUCUUUCAUUUUUGAUGCUCACAUUGCCAUCCAUUAUAUAUUUCAUCUAGUCUCCAUUAAUGUGCGGGUCAUCAAUUUAGUUGGUAUUGCGUUCGCGGACAGAAAAAAAUCUGAUGUAUUGCUGAUUUGCUUCGACUAAAGCCUCGUUGGUAUAGUAGCUCUGGGCAUAUGGAGCUAUCCAGCCUAGCAAGAUAGCGGAGAAUAUGGAACUCACAUUGUACUCAGCAACAUGAUACCUCUAUAAUUGCUGCACUGUGUGAUAUCCUCCCUUUUAUGUAUGGGACAGAUAAUUCCUCGUUGAAAGUCGUCAAGCAUUGAUUCGCUAGUCACAUACUUUGAGCUUCAGGUGAUGAACCGCUUGAUAUAGUUGUCUCCAUAUUAACCGGUUUGAUUGUAAUUCCAUCGGUUUCUGCCGAUAGUUGGUGGAACCCCCAACUCGUCGAUAUUCUGGUCAUUGAAGAGGUCAUCAAAAUAUUCAGGCCAUCGCUCCGGUAUGCCCAUAUGACCGGAAAUCAGAUUUCCUUCCUUGUCCCGACAGGCCGAGGUAUUGGAGUGUAUAUGGCUUCAUCCUGCUGGUUCAUUGACAAAACUUCGUGUCUUGCGUCUCUUGGGGUUGUUCUCUGUACUUGUCGAAUUCAGAGACUAUUGGUUAUCUUAGGUUUUUAUCUGUCUGUGAAGUCGUUCCUCCGCUUGACGAAGCUCGCGCGUGCUGGUUUCUUUGAGAGUGCAGCAUUGCCCGGAAUGCAACAUUCUUCCUGCCUACUGCAAACUUACACACAUCGUCGAGCCACGACGAUUUUUUUACGAUUAGGGCCAAAUAUGUUUAUGGCCCUACCAAUGAUAACGUUCUUUAAGUGGUUGUGAAAAUUAUUUAUCUAUGCUUCAUAUUGUGGCAUAUAUUCCCUCCUCAUAGGUGUUACAGAUUGCUUUGCUGUGGAUGGAUUGGCUAUGCGAAAGGCAGGUUGACGGACAGACAGACCAUAAAACGACUUACGUUAAUUAUUGAUGGAAACUAUUGCUUAUGUGGUCAAAUUUCUUGUUGUCCAUGGUACAAUUAUAUGAGACGUGAAUAUGAAUAAUUUGUAUAAUUGAAGAAGUGAUAAUAAUCAGUAAAUUGGUUUAACUUUACAUAUUUUUUCAUACGUAACAGGAAGGUUGGCAGCGAAGGAUAGUUAUAAUUACACGUUUACCUGUUGUAAGCCUGUUUACAAAUUUGUUCUAAAAACUGAAGUGGCCCAAAAAUUAGUCUAACAAUAUUCAAAAUGACUUGUUUCCGGACGUGUUCAUUCGUACCUCCACUUAUCCUCCAUCAACCGCCUACCAUCUCUUACCUCUUAAAAUCGGUGCAAAUGAGCUGCAAUUUAAAGCCCCAUACAAAGAUUUGUUCAAUAAAUUCUGUAGCUUAAGCUAGAUACGUCCAUAGUUUUUAAUAAGAAAAAUAAAAAAUUAGGUAGACAUAUAGGAUUCAAUUCAUUCAGCGACUUGCAUUCGUCUUUUCUGAACUUUACUGAAAUUGUAGAUUUAAGUGCACACUCCGCAACUGGAAAAGAUAGAAUUACGACAUUUUCGAGAAGAAAACUCAACCCAGGAACUUAUAUAUAAUAAACGGAAUACCUUUAGCUAAUGUAAAUACGUAAGUAACUAUUUUUUAAACAAUCAUUGUAUAUGAUCCGUACUUGAAUAGUAUAAACAUACACUAGAACAAAACUUGAGCGAGAAACGUUGAUUUGAGAAAUCUCUUCUUUCUUCUUUCAAAUUUUACAUGUGAUUUUCGUUACGUGCUCUUGUGUACGCUCUUUCGAUUUCUGUGCCUGACCUUCUGUGUUCCGCUUUAUCAUUUAUUUCUUUGUGAUGUUAGAGAGAGAUUUGUAAAAAAGUCUGAGAAUUAUUCUAAUCAACGUAAAGAUUGUAAUGAAUCAACAGAAGAAAGGAGUCUUUGAAUCAGUAGAAGUGAAAAGAACAAAAUGGAGUCGUUCCCUGUAAACUGGUUUUCAGUUUACGUACCUGUCCCGUUCGCAUUGUUUAUUCAAUAUUUCCUUAUUUCUGAGAAGGUAACCUACUCAUGCAAUAUAACUCAAGGCCACAUAUUCGCUUAGGGACAGAAAUGAUUGUUAUUGCGAAAAGCGUCAAAGGGCCCGUCCAAAAGGGGCCAUCACAAGUGGCAGACCUUGAGGUCUUUUAUUUUUUUCCAUCCAAAAGAAUACCCAAUUACAAAACAAAACGAAACUUAUUAUUGCCUUACUGUUGGUCAUAUACCGACGACUUCAUCAUUGAGACAUUCUGCUUGACUCUCGCUUUUCACAGCUCUUUUCCAGCUAUGCCCGAUAUACACAUCCCUAAAGUACUUGGCUGCAGAGUGAAGUAUUAAUUCAAAUUUUUUUUUUCUUCUGAACGUAUUUAAAGGAUAUGUUAAUAAUAUUACAACCGCAGUUGCAAUUUUGCAUUGUGUGACUUUCUAUUAGCUCUUUCUCCUUCCAAAUCAAACGUAGCUUUCUUGUAAUUUCAAGAAAUGAUUCAAUCAUAAAGCAGGUUCGGCAUAAUUUACAUAGAUAAAUCUAAGCGGCUUUAUUUUAUAUGAAACUUUUCACACGAUCCUAAACUCUUAUGAGCUUUAUACGUACAUACUAAAAGUAAUGUAAUUAAAAAGAAAAGAGCAAUUAGGUAAGACCUACUAAAUAAAAGUUAAGAUUUCACCUAACUUUCCUGACGAUAUCAAAACUGUUUAUAAAUCUAGACACUUUAUUCUUAACCGACUUACUAUAGACUCUUUCAUCUUCCUCUUGAAAUUCUAAUCAUAUUUACGGAACAUAUUCCCUUGAAGCUUUUAAACCUAUUUAGAGAGUAGAUUAAGCAAAUGAGAAUUCCAGAACUUCUUCUAACUCUAAUGCAAAACUUUAGUCCUUGAAAACAUAACUAGAAAUAUUUCCAUUCAGAAUACAAAGUACCUAAGCCAAUGGCGAGUAAAAAGUAUUUUUAAACAAGAUAAUUGCAAAACACAGAGUAUUAGAAAAUACUCAACUUAAUGGGAAAAGAGAAAACACCAAAACACGCCGUUCAAGUGUUUUUAUAUUUUUUCAAUUAGUACUGGGGUAUCCAAAUGCAAAACAACAAGCCGAGAACAUGAAACAAAAUUGUUGACACUUCCGUUUGCCAGCAAAUGUUCUGUUCUAAUAUAUAUUUUGAUGACAAACCGCUGUUUAAAAGUAGAUUAAUGUAAAUCCAUGUCAAUAAUGGCACUGCGAUAGGCGUGGCAAAAGCAAAAUCAACAAAAAAUAUAAAAAAUAACAUGGAAAAGCUUUAAUUCUUGAACUGGAACUAAUUUCUUUCACAUUGUUGACGAUUAUUUGUUGCUAUGGGAUAUAUGCAUAUAUUUCUCUAAUUGUGAUUCGAAUAAAAACUAUUUCUUUCACUUAUCACGCCCAAUAAACCAUCUAAUGUAUUACUCAGACUCAAACACUUAAUUUCCUAUCUUAAAAAUUCGUUAAUAAAAUAAGUAAACAUUGUAAGAAGGCUUGGGCUUAAAUAAUUAUUGAAUUACCCACAUUAAGUGGCAAACUCAUCACUGAUUGUACGUGAACAGAGUCAAACAUAACGCAGUUUAUUUUUCUUGUUAUAUAUAUAUAUAUUCUUCAUAUUUUGUAGACUUAGUUAAAUUGAAACGAAACCUAUUACAUUGUAAAUGCAUUUGAUGAAAAUUUUAAAGUCAAAUAAAACUGUUCUACUUA